AUUGUUUCUUCUUUCACAUUGUACAGUGGGAGUCCCUAUAGAAGUACUACGAUGGGACCAGGAGGCCAGAGAGCGGUAUGUGGAGUACGCUAAGAGAGGAACACAGACAGUCCACCACGCCCGGGGGAUGAUUGUAGGAUGUGCUGGGGCGGGGAAAACCACGCUACUUAAACGUCUUCUCGGGUGUAGUGAAGAAGAGAUUAAUGAAGUAAAAUCUACUGAAGGAUUGGAAGUGCAUGAGGAAAUAUUUGAAAUAUGUGAUGAAACAAGAUCAUUGAAAGCAAGGAAAAGUCAGGAGAAUUUUGAGACAGUAAAUACUACAAAUGUUGGCACUAAGACUCUGACAUUCUUUGACUUUGGAGGACAGUGUGCGUACUACGCCUGUCACCAGAUUUACCUGACCAGGAGAGCUUUCUAUGUUGUGGUGAUGGACGCCUCUAAACGUCUUGACCAGAAGGUGGAUAAGAAAGUGUGUGAUCAAGAUGGUAGCGUAUUCUCUGGAUGGACCUACGGAGACUACUUUGUGUUCUGGAUAAAGUCUAUACAUACCUACUGUGGUUCUGACAACCAAAAAGAUACAAAACCUGUAGUUCUAAUUGUUGCAACACAUUGGGAAGAAGGAAUAAGACAGUUUAUGGAUGAAAAGGAACUGAUUGAGAGCUUGCGCCAUCAGUUUCCAGAGAUAUCAUAUUUACCACAGUACAUCACUGACGAAAAUGUUUAUUGUGCAGAUUUUACUUUACCUCUCCAUGAUUUAGAAAUGUGCUUCUUCAACAUAGCCUCCAAUAAACGAUGGAGCGAGAACAUUCCAAAAGAAUGGUCUUUCUUUGGAUUAGAAAUUAACCAGAAAAAACACUCGAAGCGGAUCUUGGAGAUUUCAAAAAUAACAACAAAAGUUCAUGUACCAGAGAUUACUACUAAAAAACAUGAUGGUUCAGAUGGAGCUGAAAAGGGAACAGGAGAUAUGCUGCGGUAUUAUCAUGAUGCCGGAAAAGCUUUAUAUUUUAAUGACAAUGGUCUGGAGGAAGAGGUAAUUAUUGACGUCCAGUGGUUCAUUGACGCCUUCAAACAUAUUAUCACAGAUAAAAUUCAUUUCAAAGGUAUUCCUGUCACCCAGAGGGACUGGGAUGAAUAUUACGAAACUGGAAAUUUGCGAGAUCGGCUUCUGAUAGAGAUUUGGAAACAUAAAGAUGAUGAGUUGUUUAAAAGGCUUAAGAAAGAAGACGAAGAUUAUAACAUUAAAGAUGGAUCAUAUAAGAAAGAUAAACGAUAUCUGCAAUGUCAUAAAAUGUCGAUUAUUUAUUCUAUGCAAAGACUCGGUUUGUUGGCCGUUGGUUCAGAAUCUCACUACGUUCCGUGCAUGAAUCGUAAAGAAAUAGAAAAAGAACUUUUAGAUAUCAUCAAGAAAUCUGAGAGUAAAUCAUCUGUUCUUGUUUACCAAUUUGAAUUUCUACCAUUUUUCUUGUUUUACCGUCUUGUUGUUGCUUGUAUGCAAGAAGAUGGUUGGAAUGUACUACAAAAUCAUGGAACAUCUUGCCUCUACAAAAACGCCGCUUUGUUUUUGUGUAAGGAAACCAACUUCCUUUUGUCCGUCACAGAAGAGUCAAUACAGCUUCAAGUAUUCUGUCUGAUGCCUGAAUGUGAUUUGGAAAAGGCAAAAACGUGCAAAAUUCAAGAAAGAAUUGAAGACCUGUUAAAUAAUUUAGCAGGAACAUUUCAUAGAAAAGUACAGUACGUAAGAGGUUUCAGAUGUCGAAUAGACAAAGAAAAAAUGAUUGCUUUCGAUAUCAAAGGACAUUUCUUACCAGAAAAAAAUUACAUUCCAAAAGAAGACUGUAAAAUGGUGUGUCCCUUGCAUACAAUUUCAGAUCAGCAUGUCAUUGAUACAGCUGAGUUCACUAGAUAUUGGAAAUUGCAAAGAGAAAUCAUACCUUGA